CUGACUGAAACAAAGCGUUUUGCUCCUUCUGUAGGCCAUGGGAAGAAUCAUAAGGAUGCUGCAUCUGUGCGUGCCACUCAUCCCAUACCAGCCGCCUGUGGGAUCUACUACUUUGAAGUGAAGAUUGUCAGCAAGGGCAGGGAUGGGUACGUAGUUGCUGAUAGUUAGUACCCCUAAUGUUCUAACCUCAAACGUUAAAUGAUUACACCACGAUCUGUUUACUCAUGUUAGCUAUUACUGUAGGCCAUCUCUAUUUGUGCAGUUGAAAAUGGCAUGUUGAGCAACAUGUAGAGAAACUAAAGAGAGCAGUAAAUAAAGGAAAGCAACUUUGGGUCUGAAAGGAUUAAUCAGUCCAGCUAUUGACCCAUAUCAGACUGACUCAUGUUGUCUAAGCUAAUGAUGUCUCUAACCUUUGACCACCUCCUGUUGUUGUUGUUGUCUCCAGGUACAUGGGAAUUGGUCUGUCUGCCCAGGGGGUCAACAUGAACAGACUGCCUGGUGAGUAUGAGGGAUGGUAAGGGAAGAGGGAAGGGAGGGCGGUGGCAGAAGGGAAGGCUGAGUCAGUAUGGGAUGAGUAGGGGUUUUGGAGGUCAAAGGGUUCACAGCUAGAACCCUGCCCUGCUGUAUUGGUUUAUGACUGAAGGACAAGGGGUAGUAGUCAGUGUGUGCUUUGGUUGUGCGACUGUAAUAGAUUGUGGACAACUAAAUGUGUUUUUUAAACACAACUCUGAAAUUAGCACAACUCAAAAAUGAAAACAUGUUAUCUUCAGAUCUCCUCACACCAUCACUGCAGCAGUGACUGAUGUGAUUCUAGAUAAAAACCACAUAAGGUUCAGUUUUUACUAUUUGAGGGGCACAGUUUUAAGGUGUUAAUCUACGUUUUAGAGUGCCAUGGGAAUCUAUAUCCAGAUUUGUGUUUCCAGAUUUGUCAUCUUUCCUCUGGAGUGCCUGGAUGGAUCUAGAUUCAAUGUCACAUUGAAACCAUGUGUAGUGAUGAUGUCUCCCAGAGUGUCUGACUGCUCCAGAGCAGGCAUGGGCUUGUUUGAGCACAGCCGUUAGUAAUGAGAGGAUGAAAUUUAACAUGCGAAAUACCAGCAAGUACCCUUUUUCCUCCACAUAAAAGCUUUCAGUGUCUGUAUGAAGGUCAGGUGAUAGUGGAGCUGCCACAGGCAGGAUGGCUGGCUCACAUUCAUUGAAGAGGAAGGGAGAAAUAAACGAGUAAUCGUUGAUAAUUUCAUUUCAAGAAAUCCGCUUAAGGCCAUCUCAUCCUCAAUACAGUAUAGGCCUAGGGCCCAAAUUGAAUUUUCCUCAAUCAUAAAUUCUACAAUAGUUACAUAUAGACCUACUGUUGAAUGGUCAGAACAUAGAUCAAAUUGGUCCAUCUGCAGCACUCCUGAUACAGUGAAUGAAGCCAUCCAAGCAGAAACUCAAGCCAAGGCCUGAUGAGAUUGGAUUGGAUUGAAUGUAACCAAACAGGCUAGUAGAUGAGUGUGUUUACCACCAAACACAGAGGGGAGAUGUGAGCAGUAUCACUGCAUGAAUACAGGGCCAUCUGCACCCUGGACUGGCCUGGCCUGGCCCACUGCUCAGCAGUAAUUAGUUAACCAAACACUCUUUCUUUCAUCACCAGUUGAACAGGCAAUGGAGGUUAAACAGAAAGUACAUGUAGAUUUAAUACAUUCUUACCUCUGUAGCUCAGCUGGUAGAGCACGGCGCUUGUAACGCCAAGGUAGUGGGUUCGAUCCCUGGGACCACCCAUACACAAAAAAAAUGUAUGCACGCAUGACUGUAAGUCGCUUUGGAUAAAAGCGUCUGCUAAAUGGCAUAUUAUUAUUAUUAUUAUUACAUAACUCCAUCAAAUUCUCUCUUGCCCUUUCUCUCCACUCUCAUGCAUGUGAAGAUAUCACUGAUUGGCUGCUGGGGACACAAGACAGGUUGGAAGAGGGUUGGCAUAUUGCUGCCGAGGGGCUGACAGUAUGUUUCCCCUUGUGCACUGAUGCAAUUCCCUGCCUAUUAGAUAAUUCCUCAAUGCUGCUCUGACCAAUCAUAUGACCCCUGCCUCAGGCUGUGUCACCUGCCUAUUGGGUUCUCCAUGGCGCCUGAGGCCUUUGGAAUGCUUUGGACUCAUCCAGCCAAUUCUACAUGCUCUUGCUGACUACAACUGCUGUUUAUUCACUCCCAGCUCUGAGUGCUUCAAAUGUAUCUCUGUUACACAAUGGUUGGAAUAUGGUGGAAAUGGCUGCAUGUGUGUGAGAGAGUUUAGUUGUAUGAACAUAUUGUUUAUGAAGAUUUAUUUAGGUUUCUAGUACAUUAUAUGCCAACGGACUUCAGUACAUUUCUGUGACCCGUGUGUGUGUGGUCUGGUUCUGGCUGGAAUAGUUGUAAUAUUCCCUGUUGACCUCUGUGUGUCUGAUCCCAUAGUGGAGCCCUGUCUAUUUCAUUAGCAUGUAGGGAACACUGAGCCCAGCUUUAGGAGCAAUAUCCCUGUCAGCGCUGCUCCGCACAUUAAUCUAAUACCUCACAGUUCACACACACAACCUACUUUCUCUGCGCCACUUUCACUUUUUGGUUGGUGACAGAUAUUGAUUGAGCCAACAAUAUACACUCACUGCACACACACAUACAGUUGAAGUGGGAAGUUUACAUACACCUUAGCCAAAUACAUUUAAACUCAGUUUCACAAUUCCUGACAUUUAAUCCUAGUAAAAAUUCCCUGUCUUAGGUCAGUUAGGAUCACCACUUUAUUUUAAGAAUGUGAAAUGUCAGAAUAGUAGAGAGAAUUAUUUAUUUCAGCUUUUAUUUCUUUCAUCACAUUCCCAGUGGGUCAGAAGUUUACAUACACUCAAUUAGUAUUUGGUAGCAUUGCCUUUAAAUUGUUUCACUUGGGUCAAACGUUUCGGGUAGCCUUCCACAAGCUUCCCACAAUAAGUUGGGUGAAUUUUGGCCCAUUCCUGGUGUAACUGAGUCAGGUUUGUAGGCUUCUUUGCUCGCACCCGCUUUUUCAGUUCUGCCCACAAAUGUUCUAUAGGAUUGAGGUCAGGGCUUUGUGAUGGCCACUCCAAUACCUUGACUUUGUUGUCCUUAAGCCAUUUUGCCACAACUUUGGAAGUAUGCUUGGGGUCAUUGUCCAUUUGGAAGACCAAUUUGCGACCAAGCUUUAACCUCCUGACUGAUGUCUUGAGAUGUUGCUUCAAUAUAUCCACAUAAGUUUCCUUCCUCAUGAUGCCAUCUAUUUUGUGAAGUGCACCAGUCCCUCCUGCAGCAAAGCACCCCCACAGCAUGAUCCUGCCACCCCCGUGCCUCACAGUUGGAAUGGUGUUCUUCGGCUUGCAAGCCACCCCCUUUUUCCUCCAAACAUAACAAUGGUCAUUAUGGCCAAACAGUUCUAUUUUUGUUUCAUCAGACCAGAGGACAUUUCUCCAAAAAGUACGAUGUGCAAACCGUAGUCUGGCUGUUUUAAUGGUGGUUUUGGAGCGGUGGCUUCUUCCUUGCCGAGCGGCCUUUCAGGUUAUGUCGAUAUAGGACUUGUUUUACUGUGGAUAUAGAUACUUUUGUACCUGUUUCCUCCAGCAUCUUCACAAGUGCCUUUGCUGUUGUUCUGGAAUUGAUUUGCACUUUCCGCACCAAAGUACAUUCAUCUCUAGGAGACAGAACGCGUCUCCUUCCUGAGCGGUAUGAUGGCUGCGUGGUCCCAUGCUGUUUAUACUUGCGUACUAUUGUUUGUACAGAUGAACGUGGUACCUUCAGGCGUUUGGAAAUUGCUCCCAAGGAUGAACCAGACUUGUGGAGGUCUUGGCUGAUUUCUUUAGAUUUUCCCAUGAUGUCAAGCAAAGAGGCACUGAGUUUGAAGGUAGGCCUUGAAAUACAUCCACAGGUACACCUCCAAUUGACUCAAAUGAUUUUCUGGAAUUUUCCAAGCUGUUUAAAGGCACAGUCAACUUAGUGAAUGUAAACUUCUAACCCACUGGAAUUGUGAUACAGUGAAUUGUAAGUGAAAUAAUCUGUCUGUAAACAAUUGUUGGAAAAUGUACUUGUGUCAUGCACAAAGUAGAUGUCCUAACCGACCUGCCAAAACUAUAGUUUGUUACCAAAAAAUGUGUGGAGUGGUUGAAAAACGAGUUUUAACCUAAGCGUAUGUAAACUUCCGACUUCAACUGUAGGCCUAUACAAUACACCCCCCCCCCCCCCCCCCCCCCCCACAAACACAUGCACUGACUUGAAGAUCUAUCAUCCACAUCUCCCUCUGCACACAGUCUACUAUCCUUCCCGGUCCCUAUUGAUACCAUGCACAAACAUCAUAUGUACUGCUCUGUUUGAGUAUGACUCAUCAGUCAGUGCUCCUAUUCAGAGACGGAUGCCUCUCGCUGGCCAACCAGAGUAUUUCACAUGCUAUACAGGACAGGAGUGGGGAUAUCCUAAUUAGAAAGAUACCAUUUGUCAGGCUCAGCUCUACCCCAUGUCAGUGUCUUUAUGGGGAUUAUAUUACUCAUCACACUGCUGGGGUCACCCAUCACACUCCUUCCCCUCUCAAAUUUAUGAGUAGCACUGCCCUAACCAUGAUGCAUAUUAAUCUAGCUAGAUUUGAGAUGAGAAUGGUUACCUCUAGUUGUAAGCUUCUGAAAGUGUUAGUUCAAUAUGCCUUGAUUUUCUCUGUUUCCUCCAGGUUGUUAAUGUGUAAUAUUAAAUAUUCAUGCCAUGGGUCUAGAUUUCCUCUAAUCACUUCUGCCUUGUCUCCUGUCCCAGGUUGGGACAAGCACUCAUAUGGUUACCAUGGCGACGACGGACACUCCUUCUGCUCUUCAGGGACUGGCCAACCAUAUGGCCCAACUUUCACCACAGGCGAUGUGAUUGGCUGCUGUGUGAACCUAAUUAAUAACACCUGUUUCUACACCAAGAACGGCAUCAGUCUAGGUGAGAACUGCACACCAACAUUGCAGGGAAAAAAACAUCCAAGUUAAUUGUUAUAUGAAAAUACAAUAUGCUUCACCCAUUUGAAAUGUUCCCAGGCAAUUUAUACGAUUCUGUUUACUUGGUUGCAGAUUAUAACAUUUUCAAUUUCUUCCAGUCCAUUAACACUUUUCCCUCUGUUUGUUCUCCAGGUGUAGCCUUUACAGACCUCCCUGUGAGUAUUACACUGAAAUUUGGACAUGUUCAAUGUCAAGGACUUCUGUUGCAAUCAGUAGUGGUAGCUUUGCUGCUUCCAUUAGUGGUGAUGAUAUGAAAGACCUACAUUAUUCACGGUUGCCAUGCCAUCAAAUUAUCAAGUGAUCAAAAUGAAUGGCAAGUUCUUACCAUUAUGGCCAGAGGGGGAAUGUGCCCUUGCCAAGGUGUGCAUAUUGUAUAUGCCUGUGUUUUCACACCUCUCCCUUUACCCACAGCCCAACCUGUACCCCACAGUGGGCCUGCAGACUCCAGGAGAGAUUGUGGAUGCUAACUUUGGCCAGCAGCCCUUUGUGUUUGACAUUGAGGACUAUAUGAGUGAAUGGAGGGCUAAGAUCCAUGGCAUGAUCGCCCGCUUCCCAAUCGGAGAGAGACUGGGGGAGUGGCAGGCAGUGCUUCAGAAGUAAGGGAUCCAUACCCACACCACACUUAUCACCCUAACAGACUACUGUGUCUUUCUCUGUACUACUGUAAGGCUAAACCAUGUCUUUGAUUCUUUCAGUAUGGUAUCCACCUACCUGGUGCAUCAUGGGUACUGUGCCACGGCCACAGCCUUUGCCAGGGCUACAGAGACCUUGAUCCAGGAGGACCAGACCUCCAUAAAGAACAGACAGAGUGAGAACCACACUAAGGCUCCACACUGACAAUACCAUGGAAACACUGAGGAGCAAUCACUGUCAUUCAUUUGACCACAGUCAUCCAUCCAAUCAGUUUUUAAUGGUAACAUGCAUCUUUUUGUCGACAGGAAUACAGAAGCUGGUAUUGGCAGGGAGGGUUGGUGAGGCCAUCGAAGCCACACAGCAGCUGUACCCUGGGCUCCUAGAACACAACUCCAAUUUACUGUUCAUGUUGAAGUGAGCAGCCUUGUACCCAACUAUGGGACUCUAAUGAGUGUUUAUCAAAGGGCUAAAUGAAGGAGUAUUGGAAUUGUGGGGCUUAAAUAAGCACUGCUAGUCUUGUAGUGCCUUUGCAGGCUCAGGCACAUGCAACACAACCCUAGAAGCACUUAGCAGUAAAGCUGUGGCCUGCUGCCCAGCUGUGUGUUUAUGGCACAAAGACAUUAGAUUACAUUAAUAAAUCCUGUGAUCCGCUGAGAAGCAGACACACAGCAAGAAGGCCAGUAUUUCUGGCUCUCUUAUAGAGGUAGAGAGGAGCUUGUUGUAGCAAUAGAGGAGCGUUACACAGAGAGGGGGCAGGGUGAGCACAAGGUCACAGUUGCUGCCGCUGAGGGAACUCAUGAUUUGAUUGGUCAUGCCUGUUGCUCCAUUUUGUCAUGGAAGAGGAGUGAGCAGAGCGGUCGCUGUUCUGUUUGACAUUCAUCCAAUGGUAAUGACAUGUAUCCAUAAAACCAGAUACUCAUACUCUGGAACCAGUCUGACUUGUUCCUGUUACAUUUAUAUAUUUCUGGGUACAAAGACAUGAUCUUACAUGGCCACACCUUUGCUGACCUCUGAAAGAAAUUGAAGUAUUGCAAUAAUUAUUCAAGUUGACAAUUGUGUUCAGACUGCAUUCAGACUGUUUUUUGUUCAAGCAAGUGAGCAUGCAUGAGAUAUCAGACAGUUAAGCAGAAUGUAGUGUUUGUUAUCAAAUAGUACAAUGUAUUCCUGGAUAAAGAAUGUCAGACAUUGCAAUAUAUUGUAGAGUAGUGAUCAGACUCUUAGAUGGAUAGUAGAGUGGUUGUAAAUGAUGUCAGAGAGUAAGUCAUUUAGCAGAUGCUCUUAUCCAGAGCGACUUACAGUUAGUGCAUUCAUCUUCGCAGUCAUAGUACAGUCAAGUACAUUUUUCCUUAAUACAGUAGUUAUCGACAAAGUCAGUGCUAGUACGAAAAGACAAGUGCGAGUGUUAGUGCAAAGAAGGCAAGGGUGUUAGUACAUUUUUUGAGUGUAGAUAUAGAGUGAAUGUCAGACAGAUUAAUGGUUGCCUGUCCCUCCCAGGUGUCGGCAGUUUGUGGAGAUGGUGAACGGUACAGACAGUGAGGUACGAUGCUUUAGUGUCCGCUCCCCCAAGUCCCAGGACAGCUACCCUGGCUCCCCCAGCCUGAGCCCCCGACAUGGAGCCACCAACCCCCAUCUGCACAGCGCAGGUAAGGGAAACACCUGCAAAUCCACCCAUCCACCCAUCCACCCUACACACUCCUAAUUACCUAUCCAUCCACCCAGUGUGUUACAAACACAUAAGAGAGAGGAUUGUCCAUCUGUUGGAUCUGUUUCACCCUGGCUCUCUGUCCAUUCCAGGAGCAGACAGCCCAACAUGCAGUAACGGGGUCACCCCUCCCAACAAGAACAAGAGCCACAACAAGUACCCUGGUGUCAGCUCUGCCUCCUCCUCCUCCUCUUCCUCCCCUUCCUCUGUCAAUUACUCUGAGUCCAACUCCACUGACUCCACCAAGUCCCAGCCUCACAGUGGCACCAGCAACCAGGAGACCAGGUGUGUGGCAAGGCAAGGGUCUAUGUGUUUAGUAAUGUAUCUCUGUUUUUACUGGGGUGCCAGGUGCGUGUCUGUCAUCUGUGUCCGUGAGUGUGAGAGAGAGGCAGAACAUCUGUGGUAUAAUGACGUUGUGUAUGGAUGAGUGAACCUGACUGUGAGUCCUCUGCAGUGACAGUGAGAUGGAGAUCGAGGCAGAGCACUACACUAAUGGGGUGGCGGAGAACUCCUCUACUCGGAUCAUGAACGGCACCUACAAGCAUCAAGAAAUCCUGCAGGCUGAGGACGGCAGCCUGGGAAACGGAGUGGCAGGUACAGACGCUUGACACACACACGCUUCCUAUUUUGAUUGUCAGGCGCAAGUGUAAAAUACACUCUGUCCGUGGCUGGCCUCUGACCCUGUGUGUGCAUGUCCCUCCUUCCUUGGAGAAGACAGCUGUGCCUCCAGACAGCUGUGUGGAGGGAACCAGGCAGCCACAGAGAGGAUGAUCCAGUUUGGCCGCGAGCUGCAGGGCCUCAACGAGCAGCUGUGCCGGGAAUACGGCAAGAACGCCACGCACAAGAAGAUGCUGCAGGUACCAGAGGGGGAGAGGGAGGGGGGAGGAAAGAGGGACAGGCCUGGGAGGUUUCACACAAAAUAAGACUGGCACACUUUGUGACUGUGACUCACAAAUUGUAUAAUUUUCAACCACCGCCCUGGGGCAUGUUUUGUUAUGCUGCAGUACAAUGACUUGCAGGAUUUCCAAGGGCGGCAGGUAGCCUAGUGGUAAAGAGCGUUGGGCCAGUAACCGGUUCGAAUCCCCGAGCCGGUAAGGCGGAAAAAUCUGCCCUUCUGCACUUGAGCAAGGCAGUUAACCCACAACAACAACUGCUCCCGGGCGCCGAUGACGUCGAUUAAGGCAGCCCCCCCGCACUUCUCUGAUUCAGAGGGGUUGGGUGGCCCUCCUGUAGCUCAGUUGGUAGAGCAUGGCUCUUGCAACGCCAGGGUUGUGGGUUCGAUUCCCACGGGGGGCCAUUAUGAAAAAUGUAUGCAUUCACUAACUGUAAGUCGCUCUGGAUAAGAGCGUCUGCUAAAUGACUAAAAUGUAAAUGUUAAAUGCAGAUGACACAUUUUCGUUGAAUGCAUUCAGUUGUGCAACUGACUAGUUAUCCCCUUUCCCUUCUGAGCUGUUUACACACUACUACUUGUAUAUGGCCAUUGGAAAAUCUAUCCCUAGUAUUGUUCUCCUACAAUUAAGGUAGAUUCACUGAAAGCGUCUAUGACGGGUUGGCAACAGGCGGUCCAUGUGCCAAAACUGGUCCGCAAGAGAUAUUGUUUUGUCACCCCAAAGUUUUAUUUAUCUGUUUUUGGUCAGAAAAUACUGUAAAACCACCAGGAAUUCAGCUUAAAAUGUGUUUAAUUGAGCAAAUCUGUUCCCAAGAGACAUAUGUGAUCAUGUCUUAAUGUAAUUCAAGGUAUAAAAUUGUUAUUUUCAAAUACAAUCUCUUAUUAUUAUUAUUAUUAUUAUUUUUACCCUCUUUUUCUCCCCAAUUUCGAUCUUGUCUCAUCGCUGCAACUCCCCAGGGGCCUCGGAAAGCAAAGGUCGAGUCAUGCGUCCUCCGAAACAUGACACGCCUAACCGCGCUUCUUAACACCCGCCCGCUUAACCCGGAAGCCAGCCACACCAAUGUGUCGGAGGAAACACUGUUCAACUGAUGACCGAGGUCAGCCUGCAGGCGCCCGGCCCGCCACAAGGAGUCGCGAGAGCAGCCAAACCCUCCCCUAACCCCGACGAUGCUGGGCCAAUUGUGACUCCCGAUCACGGCCGGUUGUGAUACAGCCCGGGAUCGAACCCGGGUCUGUAGUGAUGCCUCUGUAGUGACACCACUCGGGAGGCCCCAUACAAUCUCUUUUUAGGCUUAGUUGUGGUCAAUUUCCAGUGUACAAAUUAUUAUAAUUAUGUUCUGGCCCCCCGACCAUCCACUCCGACAAAAGUUGCCUACCCCUGGUCUAUGAUGUUCCCUCUGUUUACGACAGACCAUUCUACUGCUUCCAAAUCAUAGUCAUUAAUGGGCUAUUGGGCUUGAACUGGUCACGCUGUUUUCUUUCUUUCUCUCGAGCUUCCUAUCCCUCUCUCUUUCUUUUACCACAGGAUGCAUUCAGUCUAUUAGCAUAUUCAGAUCCCUGGAACUGCCCAGUGGGGCAACAGCUAGAUCCAAUGCAGAGAGAAAAUAUCUGCUCCGCUCUCAACAGCGCCAUCUUGGGUAAGGCUACGUUUCACAUACACAAUGUCAUGAAUACACACUGUAGAUUGUUUUACUAUUUAAAUUUUUUCUACAAAGAUGUUUUUGGGGGCAGUAACUCCCAGCACCACAAAUGUGUUGGGCUUGGUAGUGUGCGUGUUAACUCUCUUCUAAUGAAUACACACUGUACAUUUUGCCAUGUACAUGUUUGAGUCACACCAGUGGAGGCUGCUGAGGGGAGGACCGCUAAUAAUAAUGGCUGGAAUGGUCAAUGGAACGGUAUCAACCACAUGGAAACCACAUGUUUGAUGUGUUUGAUACCAUUCCAUCGACUCCAUUCCAGCCAUUAUUAUGAGCCGUCAUCCCCUCAGCAGCCUCUACUGAGUCGCACAUGCUUUAUUAAUGUACACACCCUGAUGAUGCCUGUGUUGUCUUUUGGCCCCUCAGAGUCUCAGAACUUGCCUAAGCAGCCCCCUCUGAUGUUAGCUGUUGGUCAGGCCACAGAGUGUGUCCAGCUCAUGGCUAGGGUCCGCUCAGGCUCCUGUUCCUUCGCCAGAGUUGACAGCUUUUUGCACUAGCCCCAGUCCAGGUGAGUCUGCACCGACACCCACACAUAACGACCCUCCCCUUCUAGCACCACGUCAAUGAUUCUUUUUGAACCUAUAGGGAACGUUUCAGGAACAUUUUUGACUACACAUGACCCAUGCUGUUAUCAUCAACAUGAUCAAGCAGGAUUGUAAGGUUACAGUUUGGAGUACAGAAAUAGUGUUGGACAGAUUGCAAUACAGCAGUUCCAAAAUUGUUCCUUUCAUUCUUAAGGCAAUGUUCAGGACUGCAAAGAAGAGGACUUUCCAAUGGGUUGCCAGAUGACUGAGGAGAUCAUGUGUUUGAAUUGGUGUGUUGCUUGCCAUUUGGCAGAAGCAGAUGGGCAGGGGAAUGAGUAGAACAUGAGAAGAAAGCUUGUUUUUAAUUUAGUAUUAUCAAAUACAAAAUGUGUGACACUAUUUAAAGAUAAUUAAUUAUUCUGUUUAUCUAGUCAUUUUUGAGUUUUUAUUUGGUCAGUUUGUUGUGCUCAUCUUGAAAAAAAUAAUCUAAUUCCGUUUUUGUUUUUAUGAGUGGAUUUGAAUUCCCUACACAGUAUUUAAAGAUGUUCAUCAUAUCAAAUAAAUUCACAUUGGUAGGCUUUGUCGUUACCAAGCAAGAUACUCUGGUUUCUCAUUCAGAACUCAGGUAUUCACAAGACAUUUGUCAUCUCAGUAUGGGAUAUUGUAGACAAGAGGUAUGUUUAACCAGCAGUACAGUGGCUCCUAUUUAGGACCAUCAUUUUUUGGUUCAAAUUCUUACUUCUUAGUAUGCCUCCAAAAAUGGAUUUAAUUGAAAGUUAAAGGUCUGAAUUGGCUUUUGAAAGUACACAUGGCUGUAAGCCACUAACCUGCUGGUCACCUUAAAGCCCCAGACGGUAGCACAAAUGAAAUAAUGACACUGAUUCAUUUGUGAGUUUCAAUAAACAGUAAGUGUAGUGUAUUUCCAAUCAAGUGUCUCCACUAGUUUGAUGUGUAACAUAGGCUGCGUUUACACAGGCAGCCCAAUUCUGAUUUGUUUUUCACUAAUUG